CUAGGAUUCGGCGAGUCUUCUUCUUCGUGAGGUCGCAUCGCAUUCCCUGCUGCUCCCCGAUUCCAAUCGGCGGCGGGGGGAGGAAGAGAGAGGCGUAAAGGAUCCGGCGGCCAGCGAUGGGAGGUGGGGACGCGAGCGGGCUGGGCGCGGGGCCGGAGCGGGAGCAGGAGGAGGAGCAGGCGCGGAAGCGGGCGGCGGCGGCGGGGUACGACUACGAGGGGGACGCGCGCUGGGCCGAGUACUGGUCCAACGUGCUCGUGCCGCCGCACCUCGCCUCCCGCCCCGACGUCGUCGGACACCUCCAGCGCAAGUUCUACCAGCGCUACAUCGAUCGUGACUUGGUGGUCGAGCCGAUGUCAUCCAUUGGUUCCACUCAGGCGAGCAGGCCAGAAGUAAGGUCUUCAUCUUCAGCAUCCAGCGAGAGUGUUAGGCCCCGCAAUUCAGGAUCUAGUUCCAGAUCAGCUGCUCCGCCGCCGCCACCACCACAAACAGACAGGGCUGCAAAUCCUUUGCGUUUCGAUGCACGGACUAUACAUUUCUCCAUAAAUGCCUGGGUGCUGGUUGUCGCUGGUUUGGGAAUGCUUCCAAUUUUGCCAAAACAUCUUGCAGAUAGAGCUUGCAAGCUUUCUUUGCUGGGAACAAUCUUGUCCUCAGGCUAUUCUCUAUACAGUACUUAUGGGAAACCAAGAGCGUUGAACAUGCAGGCAAUUCAGGGUUGGUUGAACUCUGUACUUGGAACCAAAGAUUUUAUCCACUUAAUGUUCUCCCUUUUGCUCUUCACGUCUCAGCUGCACUUAAAGAUUGCUGCACUGCCUGUUUUCUGCUGGGCACUCGAUCAUGUUGCCAGAUUCCUAAGGCGUAACUUCACCCACUCAUCUUUUUAUAGGGCAUACUUGGAAGAACCUUGUCUUUGGGUGGAGACAAAUAACACCACACUCAGCCUCCUUAGCUCAAACGCCGAACUAGCCUUGGGAUUUCUUCUGAUCAUAUCAUUGUUCUCGUGGAGACGCAACAUAAUUCAGACAUUCAUGUACUGGAACCUGUUGAAGCUGAUGUACCGUGCACCCGUAACAUCUAGCUAUCACCAGAGCACAUGGGCGAAAAUCGGGCGAACUGUCAACCCGUACAUCCAUCGCUAUGCUCCGUUCCUCCAAACGCCCAUCUCUACGAUCCAACGAUGGUGGCUCCGGUAGAAGAUGGCACAGGAGGAUGAAAUGAGAUCUCACAUAUGUAUUCUGUCGGAGAGGGAGGGAGAAAAAGGCAUAUAUCUACUUGUAUUGACCUUACUAGGGAGAAUAUAAAGUGGCCACACUCGGAACUCAAAACAUAGUGCAGCUGUGCCAUCUAUUUCAUGUUCGAGGUCAACUUGUAUAUUGAAUCUUGAUACCUCUUGUGUGCUGAGGUGUUGAAUCUACUUUAAAUCACAUGAACAUACAUUUCGUGCCUGCAUGCAUACACCUGGCCAAGGGCAAAUGCUGCUAAGUAUACUCCACUAGUAAUAAGUGCGUGACUAAUUAUUUUUUCUAA